UGAAUCAUCAUGAACGAUGUCAAACAUUCAAUGUCAAAAUUGUCAAACAAUCCAUAAUUCCAUUUAUUCUGCAUUGCAAAUCUACCAAUUUCUCGUAAUAAACCUUACACGGUACACCUAUUUUUCUUUUUGUAAACGUUAAAUAUCUAAUCAAAGUUAUCAUUUAUAGUAACCGGCUACAAUGGAAGACGUAUUAGACGAGAUUGUUUCAUCGGAAGAUUUGCAAAAAUUCGAGAGGGUCUUUCAUGAACAAUUGCAUCAAGGGAACGUUUCCCACAAAGCCCAGUUUGAAUACGCAUGGUGUUUAGUGCGCAGCAAGUAUCCAACGGAUAUACGAAAGGGAAUCUUACUUCUUAAAGAAUUGUUCAACUCUCAUCCUGAAGGCAAACGUGACUACCUUUUCUACCUUGCCAUUGGUAAUGCCAGAAUAAAGGAGUACAAUAAGGCUUUGCAUUAUGUGAAAUCAUUCCUCGAGAUUGAACCCGCUAAUCAGCAAGUAUUGGCAUUAGAGCGUCAAAUCAAUAAACGUAUGGAAAAAGAAGGUUUAAUUGGAAUGGCGGUGGCAGGAGGAGCUGUCCUUGCCCUUGGAGGGCUCGUGGGACUUGGAAUCGCACUUGCUUCAAAGAAAUAGCAUUUAGCCUUGCUAAUGAAUGCUGCUCUAGGUGUUCAUUAUCUCUUUAAGAGGAAGCAAAUCAAAGAGGACUAAAACUUCAUAUGAAUUUAAUUAGAAAUCAUCCUAUAUCUCGCUGUGCAAUGUAUGUUAUUUUGUUUUUGUCUAUUAAAUUAAUAAAAUAAUAAACAUCUAAAAA